UACAUUGUUAUUGUUAAAUAAAUAUCGUCAAAUAAUCGAGAUCUCAAUUUCAGUGAAAAUAAUCGUGAUUAUCAUUUUUGCCAUAAUCGAGCAGCCCUAACGUAUAUCUUUCAUAGUAAAACAGUCAAGAAUUUGGUGCCAAAUAUUUUGUCUAUAUUUGGGGUUUUCUGAAAUGUGACCGUAUACCUGCUUACAUUUUAGUAGCAGUGAAAGUUUGAAAAAUUCUGAACUUGUCAAGGCCAAGGUUAUAAUUGUGUCAGAAAGGUUUGGUUCACAGCACUCAUUGGUAGAAGCUAAUACACAGUAAAAUGGGGAAUUCCCAGGACAUCACUGGAGAUCUGAAGAGGAUUAUAGGAGUACACAAGUGAGAAAUGUGUCUGAGCCCUUUCUAAACCAUUGCAGAUUCUGGCAUCAUCAGAUGGAAUGGAAUAGAAUAGAUUCAAUUAUAUAAGUCAUUGGGAACUGUACAUACUUUGUUAAGAUUUGAAAAAGACCCGAAGGACACCAUAAAAAGUUGGUUUGAAGAGUCAAAAACCACCAAAGCACAGCUCUGCCAUGGAUUGGGAGCUGACAGAAGAUCAUUGCUGAGCAAGUUUUACAUCACCAUUGACCGAGAGGCUGCGUCUGAAGAGAAAAACCACUGCAACAAAACCAAUACUUUUAAAAUCAGUUAAUGUUGAUAACCUACCAAAAGGACAAAGAAGACUUUGAGAGAUUUUUUUUUUUUUUUUAUGAACAAGCAUUGAGCUGUUACUGCCAGUGAAGCUGGUACAUCGAAUUAGAGUGGAUAUAAUAAUGAAAGAAACAGACUACUGAAGAAUUCUUUAGCAACUCCCCAAACCAUUGUGCAAAGUUUCGACAAAAUCAGAUAUGUCAAUAGGGCUAGUUUUGGAACAGGCUAGCUACUAAGCUUUUGGAAUGGCCUUUUCAAAGUCCUGAGCUUCAGCUGAUAACAAAUUAUGUGGACUAUACUUGAAAGUCAGAUUUUUGCCAGGGAAGAAAUUAUUUCAAACAAAGUAGUAAAAUUUGCAAACAGAAUGAUACUACAAAAGCAUAGGUGUUCUGAAUGUAUAUGUAAGAAAACCUUAUAUGAAUUCAAUUUUGCGCACAGAUUUUUUUUUUUUUUACUCUUAAAAAUGUACGUUGCACAGUCAUUCUGCCCCAAAAAAGCUCAGAUCAAAUUAUUCAGUGAUUUAUAAUGAUGUUCUCUAAAGUACAAAUUGUUUUUUAAAUUUUUGUAGUCAAUCUGCUGGUGGUAAAUGAGUUUGCCUGCAUUUUUUUUUCUGUUUUCUGACCUUGUUUUCUCUUUUUAUCUGACCUUUGAUGUUUGUGCUUCCUCUGUUUAUUUCUAGUAGUAAAGAUCCUGAUAUUGUAAUGAUAAAUUUAUAUUUGGCAGGAAGCAACAGAGUGAACAAAUCCAGACAAGACCUUCCAGAUGGAUUUCACCCAUCCAGGAAGCUGAAGCCCACACCAGUUCAAAAACUUUUUUUUUUUUUAUAAUUUCUCAGUUUUGUAAUUGCUAUUGAAGAUUUCCCUUCUCCCACACCCAGGAUCACCAUCAAACCACAUACUUGAAGUUCUCUAAAGGAUCUCUCUACACACAAGACUUCGUGAUUAUGGUUGCCUGACUGAAUGGUCACUUUACAUUUUGCACGAGCUCCACAUUGACAAUGACCUCCAGCAUACCUACUUUGUAAAAAAACCAAAACAAAACACUCAAACACCCAUUCCAUUGACUGCUGUGGCCAUCCUUGACUUUCUGAACCAUGUCCCAUCCCCUUCAUAACCCCUAUAAUUUUGGGAUAGAAAGUUCUGCGCAGUGUCGAAAUGCGCUUAGCUCUUCUGGAGCAUCCUCUGGAACUUCUGACACUACGUUGGGAACAAUUCCUUCACUGCGUGCUUUUCCAGUGAGCUACACCCCCCCACAGAGUAGUUCUAUUUUAGAUGGAGGCAUGAAGAGAUCUACAGAAAUGUAUCUUGGUCAAGCCAGGACAGAGAUGAGACAGCAGCCUGUUAACCAGGCCCCUUGCUUUACCAGCACUCAAGAAGACAAGUUUAUUUCUUCAACUGCAACGGUUGCCUCCAGUCCAGUGUGCUCAGCAUCUCAAAGACACUCUGAUUUUAAAAGUGGGCCUUGCUCCUUGGACUGGUCAACCUAUAAGAAAGCCACUGAAAAUGUUUCUUCUAGAUUUUUUUCAUCUACUUCACUGAGCUUUCAAGGCAGUGGUGAAAGAGAACAGGAUAUGCAGUCCAUUCCAGGCUUAGGUGAUUCUGACUAUCGAAUGCAAGAGAAACCUGUGCUCAAUACUGAUUCCAGUUACCCAAAGUACUCUUCACAAGAAGCUUCUAACAUCCUUUUACGUUUUGGACUUGAAAAAGAUGACUUGGAAUAUCUGAUCUCCUACCCUGAAGACCAGAUAACCCCUGGCAAUCUGCCUUUUAUCUUAAGGCAAAUCCGCAUGAAGAAGGCUGAGAAUGUUAAACCUAUUGUUCAUUCAAAAGCCUGUCCUGAACCUCAACCCACCCCCAGCAUGACCGUAAUGGACAGGUUCAGAAGGGAAGGGAUGCAACAGGGCGAAUUGGCACAGAUUAUCAAACCAAGUAAAGUGAUUGACUAUGGACAUACUAGCAAAUACGCUGGAGGGUUUGGCAGUGAUAUAGGAAAGAGCAGUGAAAGUAGAGCUAACAGUAGUGAGAGUGGCAGUAUGUUGCUCAUGGACACUUGUGAUGGUGACAGUUGCAAUAGAGAACCACUGCAAGAAGGUACGGCAGAGGUGAAAACCAGCACCUUGGUUUCUUCACAUGACCACCGGGGUACUGUUUCCACUAAUAGUUCAAUGCAGAGCUAUGAGCCUCCUCCAAGCAGGAAUCUAACUCAACGAUUGCUGACUCAGCCACACCAGGCAUCUCAAGAAAUCAUCAGCUCUUUCUCUCUGCCAAAGAAAGACACAGACUUAAGACUUCUCAAAUUCAAACCAGUUCCUUUGAAAGAACCAGAGCCAGAUUGCCAUUUGGCAUUAAAAAUCCAACCACCUCUCAGUCAUAUUGCACGUGGUGUGCAUCCUGAUCAACCUGGGCUUGUGUUCAUCGGCAAGAAGGAUAACAGCUGCACCAAGGAUCAAAGUAAAAGUCAACAACAAGUGCCAAAGGUUGCUAAACCCAUAAACAAUCAGAAGAUGCACCAAAGGCAGAUGCAGCAGGAGCUAAAGAAACAGGCGGAGCAGCAGCAGGACCAGAAACAACCACCAGUGCAAAUGGGACAAUGCCAGUCUGCAAAACCAGCUACUCCUCUAGCACCUCAGAUAAUUCCUAAACCAGUGAACUUCGUUUAUAUGCCGCUGCCACUUUCCAGCACGCAGUGUCGUGCAGACAGGGAGCUAUCAAAAGUUCUGCCAGCGUUGGCCAUGAUGCAAGACUAUGCUGCAGCCACACCACAAACCUUUCCACAUACCUGUUCUCUGUGUUUGCAAAAAUGUACUGGUAUGAAGGAAUGGCUCCUUCACCAGAAUACCAGCUUUCACCUUGACAACUGCAAACUUCUUCGGAAACGAUAUCCACAGUGGGAUGGUAAAGUACUGACGUACCAAAGUGCUUCAAAUACAGGGAAGAAGUCCUCGUCCUCCACCUCUGGCAAAACUUCCCAGCAUCGUCAUCAGAAAACCAGGCGUGAGAGUCAUUCCCGUUCACGCUCACACAGCCCACGUCGCCGCCUUGGUUUGGAUGGCAGAAGGCCUAAACAUGGAAGCUAUUUAUGCUCUCGCUCAAAGAGCCCUCACCACCACUACAGCUCUGGGGAGAGAAGAGAGAAACUCAGUAGUGGAUCACAAACGCCAAACAGCUCCAGACGUGCUCGCAGGUCCCGGUCUCGUUCCUUCUCCCCACGGAAGGACUAUCUUGCCUCCUUGCAUUAUCAAUCACAUUCAAGGAGCCGUGAAAGACGAUCCUCACCGAAAAGGAGAGAUGGGAAACAGUUACUACAAAAGAGGAGUGAUGAAAGACGAUUGCUGACAAGGAGACAAGAUGAAAAGCGUUUGCCGCUCAGCAGAAGUCAUAAGAACGCAUCAUCAGAAAAGAGGCCUCAACAAAAGAAGUUGGACAGCAGUACAAAAAGACUUGCUAAACAGCUGCUGGAAACCACAGGUCUCCACUCUUUGUCAAAAAAGUCUGACCUGGAGGCCAUAGCUGAAACAAUCGCUCCUGUCAUACUGGCUGAGCUAGCCAAGAUGAAGUCACCAUUAUCAUUAUCAUCCUCUGCUUCUACAUCCUCCUCAAAGAAGGCGAAGACCACCAAGUCAUCUGAAAGUAAACCUGGACUUCAUAAGAGUGAAGCAAGUACCUCUUCAAAGCCUAAGGCUAGUAAAUCUUUUACUUCAACAAUGGUCAAAUUACAUGGGAUUGUCGAAACUUUUUCUCAUGAAGAAGUGGUUGCUGCUGUGGAACAUUUUGGAAAAACAGAGUCCAUUGUACUGUACAGGUCCAAGCUAGAGGCAAAAGUGAAUUUCAUGAAAGAAGAGGAUGCUCAAAAACUGAAAAAGUUAAAGAGCAUCGACAUAAAAGGAAUACCAGUCACUGUUGUCAGAGAACAGAAUACUGUUACAAAGAAGCCUCUUCCAACCUUUUCCAAAAAACAACAGAAGCUUCCACCGAAAAAAAUCGUCAAGUCAACUAAAUCUGCUUCAACUGGAAAUUCUUUUAAAAAGCCGUUGUCUUUGUCAUCUGGAGACAAAAAAAAUACAACAGGCAAACUUGUUACUAAAGCAAAAGUCUUGGUUUCCAAAGCAAAAAGUGUCUCAACAAAACCGAUUUCCAAAACCUUAAAGCAAGGCAAAGUAGCUGCAAAAGGAGCUGUAAAUGUUGUUCAAGAGAAGAAAGAUGCUUCAAAUCUUAAAGGUUGUAAUGAUUCCAAAAGUUCAGGAAAGCAGCAGGGUGAUGCAGUCUCAAAACAAAGACCUGCCCUCAAAAGAUCUGAAAGCAAUGCUAAAAACUCUGUAGUUGCAUCUAAAGAUACAGUCAAGGUGGUCCAAUUGUCAAAAAAGACUGUGAAUCCAAUUAAAGGAACUGCAAUUGUCACUCGUGCAAAGGUCUUAGUUGCCCAAGCACAAACGGCCUCAACUAUCGACAAACCUCAAAGUCAAUUACAACAAUUGGCUGCAACAGGAACUUCAACAACAUUAAAUGUGGAAGAAAUUACUGUAAAGGGCACUAAUGUUCAAUCUAAAACUUCAGAAGAUAAGCCUGGUGUAGAGACUUUAAAGCCACCAGAAAUGGAAAUAAAGUUUCAGCAGCCAACAGUGGUGAGUGAGGAGACAACCAAGGUACUUGAAACAAGAAAUGCAACAGCUUCUGAAACAAAGAACCAGGCUGAUGAAAAAGUUAAUCAGAAGGAAAAAGAGGUCAAACACACUCAACUAUUAGAGUCUGUGAAUACAAAAGUCGUAGAGCCCAUGGAAAUUGAAAGUUUUUCCGGUAGCAAAUGCUUACGAGAACCAGAGUCCUCUGAAAUAGGACAAACACCACUACAGACUUUAGGGAGCUCAGCUCAAGCUGCUUUGGAUACAAAUCAGACACCUGAAAGGAUCGAAAAGGGUCAAGAGGAGCAAAAAGGCAUGUUGGACACAGUUCAUGCCACAAAUGUUCCACCCAAACCUAAAGCUUCAGAAAAUAAGCCUGAUGAGACCUUCAAGACUCCCAAAAGUGAUACAAAUGUUCAAGAAUCUGCAGUUAUGCCGGAAGACAGAGCAAGAAAUGCGUCUGUUUCUGAAAUGAAGCAGCAGACAGAAUUAGCCAAAGCUGAGACAAAAGAGGCCAGUCAUACUGAACCACUUGAUUCUGGGAAUAAAAAGGUGACACAGCCCACAGAACAUUUUACUGACAGAACAACUGAACUAACCGAAUCCAAUAAGGAUCAGACACCAACCAGCACAACUCAGAUUACACUUGAUGUAUCUCCAACAAAAUAUCCGAUUCAUACACCUCAUAGAACACAGACUACCAUAAAAAAAACAGAAUCCUACAAGAAUUCAGAGGUUCAAGAAUCUGGAAUAGUUCACGAAAAGAAAACCAAGAUUCCUGAGACAAAAAAUGUAUCAGUUUCUGAAACACAGCAGCAGGCAAAAUUGUUCAAAGUUGAGACAAAAGAGCCCAAACACACUGAGGAUUGCUUUGAGGAUACAAAGGUUCAAGAUCCUGGAUCUGCCAAAAAUGAUGUGGACGAGGCAAUGGAAGUCGAACAUUUUGCUGAGAAAAAGGCCUUACUAGCCAAAUCGAGUGAGGGUCAGACACCAGCCAGUACAACCAAGACCACACCAACAAUUGAUCACCCUCAGAGACUGCAGACCAGAGCUGAGACAAAAGAGGCUAAACACAGUGAAUCACUAGAAUCUGGAAAAACAAAAGAGACAGAGUCCAUGGAAGUUGAAAGCUCUACUGAUACGACACAGACCAUUGUCAAAAACACAGAAACUUUGGAGAUUCAAAAAUCUGCAACAGUGCUUGAAAACACAACCAAGGUUCUUGAAACAAGAAAUCUCGCAGCUUCUGAAACAAAGCACCCAGUAGAAUCUACCAGUGUUGAUGUAGAUGCAAAAGAUACCAAACGUGCUGAAUCACUGGAGAUUGGAGCAUGUAAAAAGGCCCUAGCAACCAAAUUCAAGGAGAAUCAACCUUCAAUUGAUACAGCUGACACCAUACUAGAUGCAUCUCUACCCAAACCUUCGACCCCAUUAAAGACACCACUAAAGACACCACAGACAACUAUAAAAAUGCCAUCCUCAUCACAGAUCCGACAGAGUGUGAUGCCAGAUCCAGAGUCCACAACUGCACUAGGACAAAAAAUCCUGCAAAUGUCAGGAAGUUCAACUGAAGCUGCCCUGGAGGCAAAGCAGACGGUUCAGAGUGUGAACACAGUCGCACAGCAAAAAGAUCUUUUGAUUGCUGUGACAAGUCAAAAGGACCUGUCAAAAACUGUCAGCAAUGUUUUAGCAGUGUCGACUGCAGUAGCUGCAUCUUCCAAAACUGAGCCAACAGCUGCAACAGCAGGCAAGCAACAGCAAAGUUUUAGCAACCUGACUUUUGGGGAGAAGAUGGAAAAGCUCAUGGAUAGAAAUCGCCUGAAUUGUUUCAAAAAUAAUAAAACAUUGCUGUCAAAGGUGAUGUUGAUCACAAACCUGCCAGAAUAUGAAAAUAGCUGCUACACAGAGGCGGACGUUGCCAAUCAGCUCACCCUAUUUGAAUUUGGAUAUCUAGAAGAUGACAUCUAUGUUAUUCCUCAAAUGCGUAUGGCUUUUGCCAUUGCACCAAGUCUGAUGAAGGCAAAAAAGCUUUUUCAAGCGUCAAAAGAGAAGAGUAUUAUUCUCAAUGGGUCCACACUUUGUUUGGAUUUUUUAAUCCACUCCUUUCCAAUGAAUCCGCUUGGGUUUUAUAGCACCCUGAUGAAUCUGGUGAAUUAUCAGCAGACAACUGAUGAUGGAUCAACAGUAAUCUACAUCAAGAAUAUCUCACCAAGUGAGGCCAAUGAUCUCAGGGAAGCUUUGGAAAAAAUCGGUUCUGUCAAAAACUACCUGCCUCUCCUCAACAAGGUGUUUAUUGAAUUUGAGUCCAUUUACGAUGCUGAUCGACUCGGAGUUUGGUACAGCCUCCUGAAACAGGGCUUUGCCCAUAAUGUCUACAGGAUUAAGAUACCAAGAAAUGAAUCCACAGCAAGACCACCUAGACUGGCAGCGAAAGCUUUGCCGGACAGCAAGGUUGUCACUGAAGGGGCAACAAUCCCAACAGCAAAUUUUGGCGUUCCUCAGGGAAGCAUUUCACCAUUUUGGGUUACAAUGAAAACGUAUCCCUUUUUGUUCCCUACCACAUCUCCUUGGUUUGUCAUCCCAGAUUUUGUGACGGUCCAGCUGACAAAAAAACAGAAAAACCGUCCUCCAGGCUCUGUUUUCCCCCACAUUAUGCUGACCGGUUUGCCAGAAGGGAACUACCGACACGAGGAUGUCGCCAAGCUGGUGUGGCACCAUUUCCCUGUUCAUAAUCUUCAUACUCUGUACUACAAGAUCAUUGUUUUAUCACUGCAGAGGAGGGCCUUCGUGUACUUCAGUGACUGGAAUGCCUGUACCAGUUUUGUUCAACUGCACAGGAAAAAUCCUAUUUCUGUCGGAGGUCAGAUACUCAAUAUCCACUUCGUGUUACAGGACAUGCAUCCUGGAUCCACUGAGAUUUACAUUGAGAUGGCAGAAUCUAGUCUUGUAACAGAGGUGUUGGAGAAGAUUGCUUCAAAUGAACAUUUAUCUACGAAUGUAAUUUGGAAAAAAGUUCGACGCAUUGAAACUUUGAAGAGCCUAAAACAGCGUCUGCAAGACUCCAGUGAGAUUAAAGUAAAUCUUGAACUGGACACCACAGAUGUUAAGUUCCCGACUGUGAUAAGUGGAGCACAGUCUUCUCUUUCUGAUAAAGGGGAGCAAACUCUUCAGCAAACAAGUACCUCUGGUUCUGCUCAACCAGCAGUAUCAGUUAGUUCGAACAUUUCUAAGUCUCUCACAGCAGGACAAAGUGCAACAAGUGACCAAGAAAUGGAAGAAGCCAGUGAUAAACCAGGAACUGAGAUUAUAACAUCCACCGUUGCGCUUCAGGCGAGUCAGGAUGUAGAGAAGGCAGAAGGGAGGGUAGGGGAAGAAGGGUCACCAGUAAUUUCAGUCACCUCUGCUGAUGGAAGAACUUUUUCAGCUGCUUCUACCCCUGCUCCUCAAGUCACAAGUCUGACAAAGUCUAAGGAAAUGAUCAAAGAACUUCCUUAUAUUAAUGCUGACGAGCCCAUAUUGAUUCAGGGAACCAAGACACAGACUGUGGAUAAAAUGAGCCCCAGCAAGAGAGAAACAAUCUCUAGAAGUGACUUGGGUAAAGAGAAAAUGGAAGAAAAGACCUGCGGAGUGGAAAUAGAAAACCAAAGCCUGGUUGUGUCGACCACUACAAAACAGAUCUCAACAAGGCCCUUGAACGACUCGACGAGCAGCUCAUCUCCUAGUGUCAGCCAGACCUCUGUCUCUUCUUCUCUACAAUCUAUUGAAACUCCUCCCUUCCCUUGCCAAACAGCACAGCCAGAAAAUCCAGAGGCUCCAGAGAUAGCCUUACAUUCUCCAUCCGUUAGCUGUAAGCCUUCUUCAUCAACAGCAGCAGCAGCAGAUGUGACAGUAGAGACAUAUCAGCUUCAUAGAGACGAAGAAGCAAAACCCAAAGAAAGUGCAGUAGGGAAGUCGGGUAAAGUGUUAGCAGAGGGCAUUACUACAGAGACAAAUAGAACAGAAACAUCAUUAGCUAUACAUUCAGCUGCACAUAGUCAGGGGUUAGAGUUGACAAGCCAAAAACCGAAUCUAGAAAUUGAUUUUAACAAUGGCAUACUCAAAGAGUCGAAGGAGAGGACGGAAGAAGAAUGCAGAAAUUAUUAUUCUGGCAAGUAUCCUGAGGAGGAGGACUUUGAAGAUUACCAAAUCCUGGACUCGAUUGAGGAUCAAUUGGAUGAACAGAUGAAUGAAGACGGAAGCCAAGAUGGCACUGAAACCAAUUUAUCUGGGUGUGUACAAGAGCAAGGAAACUCUUACCAGGUGAUGGAUAGUGUUACCGAGGACCAAGCAUCUGUAGUUAAAGAGGACUCUCAAGAAGAUGCCACUGAUAAGGAUGUGUUAGAUUCAAGAACGAACCAAAGUCCAAGGAUCAAGGGAGCUCGAACAACCAUACAAACGCAAGGAGAAAUGCAGAGGUCUUUUAAAGCCCCCGAAAAUUUGGGCCAAAUCCUAAAUGUUGAAGAACAAGUCAACAAAGACAUGUCAUGCGAUGCAGAUUGUGCUAAACAAGAAACCUUUGAGAUAUUGGAUUCAAUUGAUGAUGACACUGAUGACCAUGUUUCUUCAGAAACACAUAUUUUUGAUGAGCUAAAUUUCAGUUUAGAGGACUUUGUCACUGUUGAUGAAAUUGGUGACAACACGGGAGAAGCAGCCUUCAGCCACCAAAGCCGCUCUUCUCAUAAGCAGAACUCUGAAAGGAAAAGAGAAAGGCAGAGCUCUCACAUUGCCUCCUCUUCUUCCUCACCCGUGCCAACUCACAUCACAGUGAAAGGAAAUUUGUCUUCUAAUGUCUUUAAGACCUCUACCUCCUCAUCUUCUCAGUCUUUUGAAACUUGUAGGAAUACACACCCAAGCAAGUUAAAGUCCCCAGCCAGAGCACUGCAUACUUCAUCCUCAGAUUGCAGGGCGCAUUCAUUAAAGAUGGCAUCAGCAGCAGAAGCUGAGACAUCGGUUGACACAUAUAAGCUGCACAAAGAAACAAGUUCUGUUGAGUCAGAGUCAAGGCAGUCACCUGGACCUGAGAAAGGCCAUAGACUGCAUAAGUUGGACAGUCAAGUCAUGGAGAGCGAUACAGAUGCAGUCAAAACCUGUUCAAAGGAAUGGAGUGAAAUUGGAUUGGAUGCUUCUGUCCAGCUAUUACAUGGGGUUUCUAAACACCAAGUAGCUACCAAUCAAGAGGAUGAUCGUCUGGUUGAAAAUGAAGACUCAGCAGAGAAAAGAGAGGUUGAGGAAAACAAGAUUCAGAUAAUGGAAAAUUCUGAUAAAUCUACAGUUCUAGAUGCAGCUGAUAAAAUUGAAAUGUCAAUUACAAGUAGCAACCAAAACCCGAGAGGCCAAACAGAAGAUAGAAGAAGAAAAGAAAAGGAAGAAAUGUUUUCAGAAGAAUCCUGCAAAGCGUCCAAAGAUGCUGACAACAGAGACAUGAAAGACAAUUCAUCAGAUAGUACUGAUCAUGAAACCUUUGAGAUAUUAGAUUCAACUAAUGAUCAUACUGAUGACCAUGCCUCAUCAAACACCAAUCUUUUUGAUGAGCCAAAUUUCAACUUGGAGGACUUUGUCACUGUUGAUGAAAUUGUUGAUGAUGUAGAAGAUAUGGCCUUAGACCACCCAAGCACGGCUUCAUCUAAACAGAACUCUAGAAUGAAAAGUGAAAGGCAAGGUUCAAAUGUUUCAUCUCCUGUAAAGCAGACUUCUACAAGAUCCCCGAAAGACUCCAAGAGCUCAGCAACUUAUUCUUCUUUCUCACAUUCCUUAUCCAAGUCAAUGAAAGCCACUGCGAGGAGCAGUUUAUGUAUGGCUAUGGAAACUCCUGCCUCCUCUGUGGAAAAAGCAGCAUCAAGUAACCCAAAAUCUCCAGCCAGAGCAUUGCAAGUUUUGUAUUCAGGUUUUAGGACCUGUGCAUCAAAAGCAGCUCUAAGUGGAGUUGAGACUUGUCAGCCAAAUGAAGAACAAGCAAAACCAACAGAGAGUUUAGUGGUAACAUCUGACCACAAACUUUCAGCCAAUGGCAUUGCUUUGAAAAUUGUUGAGUCAAAGUCAAGCCAGUCAUCUGCUCUUGAGCAAGGCCAGAAAUUCUUUGGAGGUGGCUAUAAGGUCUUGGACAGUAUUGAAGAUGAAAGUCCUGAGGAGUUUGGUGAAAUGGAAAUAGAUGUGCCUUUCAAAGCACUAGACUGUGUAACUGAAGACCGAACAGCAACAGUUCAAGAGGCCACUCAAACAGUUAAAGAUGAAGGUUCCACAUUGAUGCAGCUGUCCGAGGAGCAUGUGAUUCAAGUAGAUAAUUCUGAUAAAUCUGUUGCUGAAGAUUUGGCUGAGAGAAACGAAGUGCUGGACACAAGUAAGAAUCAAGCUUCAAGGAGCAGGGGCGAUGGAAGGUGGGGGAAAGAAAAAGAACAACAGAUGCUUUCAGGAGAAACCUGCAAAGACUCUGGCCAAAUGACAAAUGUUAAACAUCAAAGCAUCAAAGAAGCUUCACCAGAUAGUACUGAAGACGAAGGCUUUGAGGCACUGGACUCGGCUAAUGAUUGCGUCGAUGACCAAGUCUUUUCAGAUACCACCCUUUUUGAUGAGCAAAAUUUUAACUUGGAGAAUUUUGUCACUGUUGAUGAGAUUUUCGAUGACUCGGGGGAGGACCAAAGCACAGAUGUGUUAUCCUCUGCUGAACAAACCUCGUUAAAAUCCUUGAAAGGCUUCAAGAUUUCUUUGUCACCUUCCUCAUCUAAGACAAGGAAAUCCACUUUGAAAAGCAGGUUGUCUUCUAAUGUCAAAACGAUCUCAAACCACAAAGUUUCAAUAAAAGGCAUUGCUAGGGAAACUAUUGAGUCGGAGAUAAGUCAGACACCUGGACCUGAGCAAGGCCAAGAAUUACAUGAAGGAGGCUUUCAGGUCUUGGACAGUGUUAAUGAUGAUGACGCAUGUUUAAAAGAGUGCAGUGAAAUUGAAUUGGAUGCUUCUCGCAAAGUGCUAGACAAUGAUAUCAGACACCAAAUAACUACAGUUCAAGAGUCCAAUCCUUUGGCCAAAAAUGAAAGUUUUACAGUAAAGCAGCUGUCUGAAGAUUUGAUUCUGGUAGUGGACAUUUGUGACAAAAAUGAAGCAGAGAGCAGGGGAGAUGGAAUCAAGGGGAAAGAUGAAAUAACGCUUUUGAAGGAAUCAUCCAAAGCCUCCAAAGAUGCUGGCUUAAUUGCAGAAGGUAAAAAACAGCCUCUUGAAGAGGGAGACAACACUGUAAAAGAGGGUACUGAACAACAAACCUUUGAGAUACUGGAUUCAACUGAUAGUUAUAAUGAUUAUUCUAUUUCUUCAGACGCUCAGCUUUUUGAUGAGCAGAAUUUUGAGAGUUUUGUCACUGUUGAUGAAAUUGUUGAGGAUGUGGAUGACAACCAAGGCACCUUCUCAUCUGAGCAGAACUCCAGAAAGAAAAGAAAAAGACAAAACUCAGAUGUUUCAUCUUCUGCCAAGAAGAUCUCAACAAGAUCCUUGAAACAGUCUAAGAACUCAGCUGCUUUAUCUUCUGAAUCCAAGCCCACUGAAGCUUCAGAGAAAAGCACCCUGUCUUUAGGCUUGACCACUGACUCACCAAAAAGACAAAAAGGCUCAUCUGAACCAACCAAAUUCAAUACCACAUCUAUGCAAUCUGCUCAGGCCACUAAGACCCCUUUAUUCUCUUCUUCGCUGCCUGUCGAAAUUCAUGCAUCGCCUUUUCGCAGAGCACAGCCACACAAGACAGAAUCUCCAGCCAGAAGACCACACACUGUAUCCUCAGGCCACAAGACCCAUUUGUCAGAGAUGGCAUCAACAUCAGAUAUUGAGGCAUCUGUAAAGAUUCAAUAUUCUAAUGAAUCAGAGAAAAAAAACACAGAGUGUGCAACAGCAAAGUCUGACCACAACGUGUCAGGAGAGGGCAUUGCGGCAGGGGAUUAUGUCGGAAAAUGUAUUGAGGAGGAGGAGGAGGAAGAUGGUGAAACUUACCAAGUCAUUGAUUCAGUUGAUGAUCAAACAGAAGAACAGCUGGAUGACGAUGGAAAUCAAGAUGGCUGUGCUAAAACCAAGUAUUCAGGACCUAAACAAAGCCACACAUUGCAUGGGGAAGGUUAUCAGAUUUUAGACGAUAUAAAAUCCACAAUCCGAAAUGAAAUAAAACAGUACAUUGAAUGUCAAGACAUCCAAAAAACUUCAACAGAUGCUACUGAAGCAUUUGAGAUACUGGAUUCAGUUGAUGAUCUGACUGAAAUAGAAGAUGAUAACCAAAAAUUUGAAACCCUUGGCACCCAAGUAUCUAAAGAAGCCACAGAAGAAGAGGAAGAAGCUUACCAGGUAAUUGAUUCUGUGGAAGAUGAGCCAGCAACCACAGAGACCAAAUUGGAGGCAGACAACAAGGAAAAAAGAACAGAUAAAUCCAAUGAACCUAAAAGAGAUGAUAGACCAACAAGGAGGAGUGGAUCAAGGUCCAGAACAUCUAAAAGUGAAGAGGAGGGGAAAUUACCAAUAAAAGAGGACAAGAUGGAGAAAAAAUAUGAGACAAGAACAAAGAAAAGCAAUACAGAAAAAGACAGAAAUAUUCUCAAGGACACUGAAAAGAUCAUUCAUGGUAAAGUAAACUUUGAUAAAGAUGAACCAAUUCAAGAUGCUUUUACUGCAGAAAGGUCUGAUAGUAGAAAGUCUGCUAGAGGAUACAAAAAGGACAAACUGACAUACACAGAACAAUCUGAAAAGCCAGAAGCGGUAGAGACUGACAACAGCAAUUCAGCCAUUACAGAACAAUCUACCAGUGGGAGAAAGGAAAGAACGGCUAAAGAAGUCCCAACAAAAGACAAGACUACAGCAAGAAGGAGAACCACAUGGGCUGUACAUUCCCAGAAACAGGAUCCUGAGAAAAAUACAGAAAAUGAGGAGACAACGCCACCAACCGAGAAGACACCAACAACAAAGAGUGAUGCCUUGAUAAAAGACUUAAGGGAAGACUCUACCUAUGAAAUACACCCUGUGGAAGAUGAUGAUAGGAAUAAUCGACCUGCAACUUCAGAAAACACAACGUUGGAAAGACCAAGGAAAUAUAUUGAGAAAACUUUUUUGGAUGACACAUCUGAGCUAGUGACUCUGGAUGAGGUGGGGGCAGAUGAGGGUGGAGACAAAGGUUUUUUGGAGGGAGAAGAGUGGAAUAGGGAGAUUACGGAGGAUGAGCUGCAGGAGUUUGUCACAUUGGAUGAGAUUGGUGAAGAAGAGGAGGAGGGACAUGAGGUCUGCCAACUCAACCCAGAUAGCCAGUCAGUGAAGUCCUUAAACCAAGAGACUUUGUCAAAUGUGAAUGAAGCAGUGCAUGAUGAGAAUGAGAAGGGUGUCAAAAAGGAGGCUCAGAAAAUCUCAAGAUCUAAUAAACGCAAACGUGAUGACAAUGCAGAGGAGAAUGUGAACUUGAAAAGAGAUGAAGACAAGGACAAGAAAGCCAUUAGAACCAGGACAAGUGGCCAAGCCAGGAAGAGGACUAGACAGAUCCCUGUGAGAAAAUCUGUUAGAGGGAAAAAAGGGGUCGCAACACACGAGAGAGAAGAUGCAGAAACAGAAUCACUGUCUGCCGCUUCACUCGAGUCCUCGUCACUGGACAAAAACAUAUCUGUACUGUCAAGUGACGACAAACCAGACAGCCAAAAAACAGAGGAGAAACCAGAGAGCCAGCCCGAUGUUGAUGCUGCCUCUGCUGGGCAACAGCAACAGCCUGAGUGUCUUGAUAAUCAGACACAGGAAGGACCGAGCAGGAGUGACGUUAAAGCUGUCCGUAAACGAAGGAGAGCACUUAUUGAACCCAAAGCAAAGCGAUCUUGUUCUCAGUCUCCUCGCAUCACAGACAACUUGGAUGCUGACGCGUCCCUUGGUGAUGAGCAUGUUGUCCAAAAAAUGGGGCUUUUCUGUAACCUCUGCUCCAUUUUCUACCUGGAUGAGCAAAAUGCUAAGGACCUCCACUGCAGAAGCCAGAAACACCAGGAGAACCUGAAGAAACAUCAACAGAAUCUUCGACGGAGGCCUUCGAGAAUGUCACUCAGAAAUUCUCAAGGCUCUGUUAAGGAUGAAUAUAACUAGAUUUUUUUGUGUUCUUUCCCUUUUUUAUGAGAGGUGCAAACAAAACCACGUGUCGUUGAGAUUUGGUGGCGAGUGACUCAAGUUCGUGGACACGUUUAAAAUGUAAACUUUCAUGUGAGUAAUUAGCACUCAUGAACAUAUUCUUAUAAGAAAAGAAACUAAGAGCUUUCUUUCCUCUGGUUGCAGAAGGGUUUUAGUUGUAUAGAAGUUGGUAGGAAGUUUGCUUGUUUCAGGUAAUUCUAACAAAAACAUGACGUUUGUUUACUAAAUGUUGGUUAUUUUUAAGAGGGAGAUAGGAUUACUCACAUUUCACUCUUUAGCUAACCGGAUGCACGUUUACAGUUGUGUGCUCCACUUGUUUAAGUCAUGUGAAACAGAAAGGAUGUCAGUUUUCAGCUUCAUGUACUUUGCUGCUGUUAGAGAGAAGCAUGUUGUGUAGAUUUAUGCAAAGCUAAUAUACUUUUUUCCUCUUUCAGUGAGAGAGAGUAUAACUAUAUAUUUUUUUUUAUGAUUGGUUUGCUGUAUGUAAAAGCUGUUAACUAUGUUAUGGUAACCCUGUAAAUCUUUAUGCACAUCAGUGAUGUUUAAAUGCAACAUUUUCUCCCUGCAAGUCACUACAGAAAUAUCUGUACACAUUUCCUGUGUAACCUUGGGGAAAAUAAAACACUUCCUGUUUUUUCAGC